CGGCCAAUGGUAAAGGUGCUCUUGUGUUUAAAAUAAAUAUUAUUUUAUACAUAACUGAUUCAGGGAAAAAUGGAGCAGGAUCAUCAGCCCUUUCCCUACGAGUUUGAAGAGAUGACACAAGAAGAAAAGGAUGAAAAUAAAAGGCUUUACAAUUAUCCCAAAAUUGAUUUGAUCCGAAUGGGCCCAAAGGGGUACGUGAUGCCGCGAGCGUACAAAGAGCAAGCUGAGAGCAUUUACAACUUGCCAAUCAGACCUAGCGACAUCUAUGUGGCCAGUUACCAGAGGGCAGGUACAACGUUGACUCAAGAGCUGGUAUGGCUGUUGGCGAAUGACUGUGACUUCAAAACUGCGUUAGAAGUGCCCAUCACUCACCGAUAUCCGUUUCUGGAAAUUUUCAUGUUCUACAUCGAGUGGAAAAAGGAUCGUUUGGCGAACAUCCACGAAGUGGAGGAGUCGAAGAGGGAACAUCUCAUAAAUGCGAUGCAAGUCAUGACACAGCCAGUCAUGGAGAAACUGGCGUCGAUGCCGUCUCCUAGGUAUAUUAAGACGCACCUACCAAUGUGCUGCUUGAAUCCCACCAUAGUGGAUACGGCCAAGGUGGUGUACGUGGCAAGAGACCCUAGAGAUAUCGCCGUCUCUUCAUACCACCAUGCAAGACUCUUUGUAGUAUUCGACUUCGCAGGAACCUUCAAAGAAUUUUGGAAUUUAUUCAAAAACAACCGCUUUCCGAUGACUCCAUAUUUGGAACACGUAAAAGAAGCCUGGAAUUUAAGACAUCAUCCAAAUAUGCUGUUUUUGUUCUAUGAAGAACUGACAAAGGACUUGAAAACAAGCAUAAAUCGAGUGGCAGACUUCUUAGGCAAGAAGGUGACGGAGGAGCAGAUGGCUCGCCUGUGCGACCACCUCAGCUUCGAGAACUUCAAAAACAAUAAGUCUGUCAAUUACGAGGGCCUGCGGGAGUUCGGUAUGAUGACGAAAGACGAAGUGUUUAUUAGAAAAGGUAAAGCGGGAGGAUGGCGAGAUUAUUUCGACGAGGAGAUGUCGCAGCAAGCUGAGAAAUGGAUCGAGGACAACCUGAAGGAUACUGACCUGCGCUUCCCUCCAACAAAAUAAUCAUUGCACUAAUGUACUUAUAAUAUAUAUCUAUUAAUUCUUAAUAUAUAUCUAUUAAUAUC